UGAGAUGUUGUUGCACGUUUUUCACCACAGAUACAGAGAAUAGUGGCCUUAAACGGUCCCCUGAAACCCAGAACGGCACAGGUUAUACAGCGAUUUACAGCCCAAAGAAUGACAUGGAAGACCAAACCAGUGAGCAACCAGGCAGCUCUAAUAGUGGAGGACUUCAAGAUGAGACGUCUGGCGUUGGAGAUGAUCUCUUCAUGCAGAACUCAGGCAGGGAUGUCACCCAGGAGAGGGACGACUUGCAGAGAAAGCGCUGCGCCGCCGGAGGGGGUGAUUUAAGUGAAGGGCAGCACAACACUGCAGGGCCAAAGAGAAUAAAGACAACUGAGGCGCCGCAGCAGAAAGCAGGCCAUAGUGAAGAGAAAGAUGAAGACUACGCUGAUGAGGAUGAUGAAGAGAAUGAUAGUGAGAGUAAUGAUGGUUAUGAAGAGGACAAAAAUGAUCAAGAUGACCGUAGAAAGCACUUUAUGGUCCAGCAGAGGAAGGCAGUGGACCGGCAGCAAGCUCCGCUGGGUGAGUUCAGGAACCCACCGUUUUGUAACCCUCAGGCUGCCGUAGGGAGCUUCCGCUUCAGUGACUCACUGCCCAGGACUGUGUACAGGAGAAAACACACUUGGUACAAUAAGGGCUCCUCUGAGAAGGACGAUUCUUCUGAUGAUGACAGAAGGCUCUUCCCUGUGAAUCUGCGUAAAGAGGAUAUUCUAGGCGUCCGCAAAGACCGGAUGAAGCUUGGACGAAACCUUGCUGAUGUUGACCCGAUGGAGAUCGACCAGUCGGUCCGCUUUGACAGUGUUGGAGGUCUAGACAGCCACAUCGCAGCACUGAAGGAGAUGGUAGUUUUCCCUCUGGUCUAUCCUGAGGUCUUCGACAAGUUCAAAAUCCAGCCACCAAGGGGCUGUUUAUUUUAUGGUCCUCCUGGAACAGGGAAGACGCUGGUGGCCCGCGCUCUGGCAAACGAAUGCAGUAGUGGAGAGAAGAAGGUGGCGUUCUUUAUGAGGAAGGGAGCGGACUGCCUCAGUAAAUGGGUCGGAGAGUCUGAGAGACAGCUCCGCCUGCUCUUCGAACAGGCUUAUCAGAUGCGUCCGUCCAUUAUCUUCUUUGAUGAAAUCGAUGGAUUGGCCCCAGUGCGGUCCAGCCGGCAGGAUCAGAUACACAGCUCCAUCGUGUCCACUCUGCUGGCCCUUAUGGAUGGCCUUGACAGUCGGGGAGAAGUGGUGGUCAUCGGCGCCACCAACAGACUGGAUUCCAUCGACCCAGCACUCAGAAGACCUGGACGAUUUGACAGAGAGUUUCUCUUCGGUUUGCCAGACAGAGAGGCUCGAAAGGCUAUUUUGAAGAUUCACACCAGGCAGUGGAAGCCUUCUCCGUCUGACGCCUUCCUCGAGGAGCUGUCAGAUAAGUGUGUCGGUUACUGCGGGGCAGACGUUAAGGCCGUGUGUACGGAAGCCGCUCUCUGCGCUCUGCGCCGUCGCUACCCUCAGAUCUACGGCACCUCCAGCAAACUCUUGCUCGACGUGAACUCCAUCUCCAUCUCUAGCCGGGACUUCGUGUACGCGAUGAUGAAGAUGGUGCCGGCGUCUCAGCGGGCCGUCUCCUCGCCCGCUAGAGCCCUGGACCCUGUGCUGCAGCCGCUGCUGAGCUCCUUACUCGCCAACAUAUUGACCGUUCUGCAUAGGAUUUACCCUCACGCAGAGCAGGGGCUCAAACGGGAGAGGGACAGCGGCCUUGUGGGUCAUAUCCUGGACGAUGAACUGAUGUACGUUGACGAUGAGACUCCGUCCACCAGAUCUGACUGUAACGGUGAAUUCACACACAGCGGCGGGAUUUUGCCUCUGUCUUUUGCCUCCGUUCAUAGAAACGCAGCCCUCCAGCCCACCUCCUGCCGUCCGCGGUUGCUCCUCUCUGGUGGUCCCGGCUCAGGGCAGAGCUCCCAUCUGGCCCCGGCCGUGCUGCACGCUCUGGAGAAGUUCACUGUGUAUACGCUGGACCUGGUAGUGCUGUUCGGCGUCAGCAGCACCUCUCCUGAGGAGGCCUGUGCUCAGGUGUUUUGCGAGGCUAAGCGGACGUCUCCCAGCAUCCUGUACCUGCCCCAUAUCCAGCAGUGGUGGGACACUGUGAGUGGGACCCUGAAGGCCACGUUUCUCAGCUUGCUGCAGGACAUCUCUUCAUUCUCCCCCAUAUUACUGCUGGCCACCUCAAACUUCUCUCACAGCGAGCUGGCAGAGGAGCUCCAGACUCUGUUCCGGGUUGAGUACGGAGAAGUUUUCCAAGUGCGGCUGCCCAACUGGACGGAGCGGAUGAAGUUCUUUGAGGAUGUGAUCCUCCAUCAGGCCGCUAAAGCUCCUCCAUCCAAAAAGAAAAGCCUGCUCCAGGCUCUGGAGGUUCUGCCUUUGGCUCCGCCCCCUUCCCGUCCUCAGAUGACUGAGUCAGAGCUGAUGCGUUUGGAGGAACAGGAGGAGGACACUCUGAGGGAGCUCCGCCUCUUCUUGCGCAGCGUCACCGAGCGACUGGCCCUGGACAGACGCUUUAAAGCCUUCACCAAACCUGUGGACAUAGAAGAGGUGCCCGAUUACUGCACUGUGGUAAAGCAGCCCAUGGAUCUGUCCACCGUGCUGACAAAGAUCGAUGUGCACAGUUACGUCACAGUGAAGGAGUUCCUGCACGAUGUGGAUCUGAUCUGGAAGAACGCUCUCGAGUACAACCCUGACAGCAAUCCCACCGACCGUCAGAUUCGUCACCGUGCAUGCGCUCUGAAGGACACUGUUCAUUCCAUCAUCAGAGACGAGCUGGAUGAAGACUUUGAGAAAAUAUGUCAGAAAAUCAGAGAAUCACGCAACAUGAGAGGUUGCGCCUCGUCCAGGUUUGCACCGUCCUUCUACCAGGUGAAGGAGGAAGGCCACGGAGAGUUUAGGCAUCCUCAGGUUAAAGAUGCCACGGCAACGCUGACGCCCAAAACACCACGGCCGAACCGGAAGCGUACCCGCCGGUCUUCCCGCACGGCCAAGACUCCGGCACAUGGGAAGCUGCCGAUCGACGCAGACGAAGCACUGAAGAUCCUGUCGCAGAAAACACCACGACUCAUCGUGGACCACGAGCAACUCAAGGAGCUUCAUCGGUUUGUGGUGGUGAAGACGGAGGGCUGUGAGGUGUUUCAGCUGGAGAAGCUCUACGCACUGCUCUGCCAGUGUAUCUACAGACACCGCAAAGAUUCCAACAAAACCGGCCUCAUUCAGGAAAUGAAGAGGGAAAUCGAAAACUUUCAGUGAAGCACCACCGCAGCUUCAAGUACAAUUUGAAUAAAAC